GUCUUUUUUCCCCCGUCUGGCGUUCAUCGCACCGUCGUAGACAUGAGUUUUCUUUAUGUAUAUGAAGGGAGCGCACACUGAAUGCAGCGUAACUCUCUUGUUUCUUGAGCACAACCCGUCCACCCAUCCAUCAUUCCUUUCAUUUCCGCAGCCUAGCCUCUGGAGUUCCCCGUACGUCAAGCAGGUCAUGCGGAUGGAGUCACUCGUGUAUGCAUCUCACCGCUUAAUAAUUUACGUUUAUUGGCAGUGUAAAAAGAGGCUGAAAAUCGCCGACUCUGUGGCAAUACGCUGAUCCAAAUGAAAGCAGGGGGCGAGGCGAAAAGAAAAACAUAACGAGAGGUUGGGAGUCACAGACAUGAAUUGUGACGUGGGCAACAGUAUUGGGGCUGGAAAAUGAGAGGCAGGCACCGCAAGCAAUAAAAGAUCCUCCUAGACCAGAUACAGCUUCAUGUUCAGGGACGGCAUCUGGCAUCUGUCCAUGGAGAUAAGUGUGACUGUCCUUGUUUUUAUUUUUCUAAGUACGUGAAGUAGAAAGGACGUGUCAUCCUCCAGAGCUUCAGUGGUGAAUUGACUGCACAGGCUGUACACCUCUGAGUAAAUGAACAGUUGGCUUUUUUUUUUUUUUCAAUGGCACUUCGGCUUUCACUUUGAAUCCCCUCUGGAAUAUUUAACUCGAAGCUCAGUUUAGGAUUAACCUUAUUAUUUAACCGUAUGUAUUGCUGAACUGGUCGCUACGUUACUUGGCAUCUGAAAAAAAAUGGCACUUUAUGUAGAAGGUCUGAGUAAAGGAGUGGCCAACGGAGAGAUGGCUCAGUUCCAGGAAAUGAUGCGGCAGCAGCUGGAGAGCUCCAUGCACACUGAGCUAGAGAAACUGCUGGACACCACUACAGGCGCAGAGAGAGAGGUGUCCAGGAAAGACUUUGAGGGCUUCAAGAAUCUUUUCCACAGAUUUCUGCAGGUGAAGGGGCCAUCAAUAGAGUGGAUCAAGAUACAAAGACCUCCAGAGGACUCGAUCCAGCCCUACGAUAAGAUCGCUGGCCGAGGCCUGCCGGACAAUGUGGCUGACUGCCUGAACAAACUGGUGGUGGUGAAGCUGAACGGAGGCCUGGGCACCAGCAUGGGAUGUAAGGGCCCCAAGAGCCUGAUCAGUGUCCGCAACGAGAACACCUUCCUGGACCUCACAGUGCAGCAGAUAGAGCACCUGAACAAGACUUACAACACAGACGUGCCGCUGGUUCUCAUGAACUCCUUCAACACUGACGAAGACACCAAGAAGAUCCUGCAGAAGUACACACACCACCGUGUCAAGAUACACACCUUCAACCAGAGCAAGUACCCUCGCAUCAACAAAGAGUCGCUCCUCCCUGUGUCCACGAACUUGAGCACGAACGGGCAAAGCGCAGAAGGUUGGUACCCUCCGGGGCACGGCGACAUUUACGGCAGCUUCUACAACUCGGGCCUGUUGGAACAGCUGAUCGCGCAGGGCAAGGAGUACAUCUUCUUGUCCAACAUCGACAACCUGGGCGCCACCGUCGACCUCCACAUCCUACACCACCUGGUCAGCCAGCCCAACGGCAAGCGCUGUGAGUUCAUCAUGGAGGUGACGGAUAAGACGCGCGCCGACGUCAAGGGUGGCACGCUGAUCCAGUAUGAAGGUAAACUGCGUCUGCUGGAGAUCGCCCAGGUGCCCAAAGCCCACGUGGACGAAUUCAAAUCGGUGUCAAAGUUUAAGAUCUUCAACACCAACAACCUGUGGAUCUCUCUGGCUGCUAUCAAGAAGCUGCAGGAACAGAAGGCAAUGGACCUGGAGGUUAUAGUCAACCCCAAGACGCUCGACGGCGGGCAGAACGUCGUCCAGCUGGAGACGGCGGUCGGCGCCGCCAUCAAAUGCUUCGACAACGCCCUGGGCAUCAACGUGCCUCGCAGCCGCUUCCUGCCCGUCAAGACCACGUCGGACCUGUUGCUGGUCAUGUCCAACCUGUACAGCCUGGACGCCGGCUCUCUCACCAUGAGCCCCAGGAGAGAGUUCCCAACAACGCCGCACGUCAAACUGGGCAGCUCCUUCACCAAGGUUCAGGAGUACCUGACCCGCUUCGAGAGCAUCCCCGACAUGCUGGAGCUCGACCACCUGACGGUGUCUGGAGACGUCACCCUCGGGAAAAACGUGUCACUCAAGGGCACCGUCAUCAUCAUCGCCAACCACGGAGACCGGAUUGAUAUUCCGGCCGGCUCCAUGCUGGAAAACAAAAUCGUAUCUGGCAACCUCCGCAUCAUGGACCACUGACGCCUUUUUUCACACACAAAAAUCGCCCUCACCCCGUGACCUAGUCGGCUUUAUCCCAGCGAUGUGACCCGUCAUUUUUCACCGCAUUGUUCUCCCUAAAGGGUAUGUGUGAUUGUAUGUGCAGUGCUACUCUGCAGCUUCAACAUUAGGUAGUACUUUACAUGGUUGAUGGCUUGUAGCUGGGAUAUCCUGCCCCCUGCAGGCUGUUUGUUAUAAAAUAUAAACCUCAAAUAUUGUUAAUAAUACCCUACUUUUAGCGGUUAUAUUAAACAAUGACUUAAAUCCAUGGUAGAGAGAAAAACAACAAAUCAGAUUCUAUUUUUUAUUAUCUUUUAACUGUGAUUUUGACUGUUCCUUUCUGCCAAAACAGACUCAAAAAAGAUACUAUAAUAAUAAUAAUAAUAAUAAUAAUAAAUAAUAAUAAUAAUAAUAAUAAUAAUAAUAAUAAUAAUAAUAAUAAUAAUAAUGAUGAUGUUAAUUUAUCAUCCUCUUCAUCCUCUGUGUGCUCUUUAUUAGCACUGCUAAUGCAAUCACACAGUGUACUUACAUAGAGAGGUAAAGUCAUGAUGAGUUUUGACCAUUUAUUUCAAGCACUAAGAUCUCACUAUCAGACUCAGCAUGGUUCCACAAAAUACAGUGGUGACCAGAUCAGUCCAACUGAAAGAGAUAACCGAUAUAAUGUGCAGUUGUCCAGUGUCUGUACCUGGGGCUGGAGCCAACCAUUGACACUCCCAGGAAGUUCAGUUUCCAGUUGAUCGUCCACGCAGAAAGAUUUGAACCCUUCACUGAGACACCAUACCGCCCUGUGAUAACUCAAAUGAAAGAUAAAAUAAGUGGUAAAAUCACUCCUAAAUUUGUCUUUUUACCUCAGACGUAUCAUCCAUUCUAGAUGAACAUGACUGAUAUGAAGCAUGUUCAAGCGUCUUCAAGGCCCAAUGAGGGUGGCUGUAACGUUCCUCAAAUCAAUACAUACAGCAGACCACAUGUUUGUUUGUUUUGUUCAGUUGAGGUUUCACUGGCGCUGUUUUUCAUUACGGAAUCUCGUUGUGCCCUUUUUUUCUUCUGCAAUGUUCUACGGAAACUGGACAGGAGAAUUAGUGCCAGUAGUGGAUAGAAAACGUGCAUUCAUUUCCCUCGUUGCCUCGUCGUCGUUUGAAGCUGGCAGGUAGCAUUAGCGCAGAGUGGGUUCAUCGGAGAGUUUUUGCUGUCAACGGCUGCCUGCUGCAUCUGAAAAUGAUGCUGGUGAUAAGAGCGGUGGCACGGUAAAGUUGCAUGCCAGAAAACCCAAACAAUCAAUUGAAAUACGCUAAAAAGCUCCGCUGAGGUGAAGUGAGAAUUCUCUGAGUGACACCUUUCACCUGCAGGUAGUCAUUUGAUCCAUUGUUAAUAUAAAUAUUUAGAGCAGCUUUAAAUGAAUCCAUUUUUUUUUACAGGACAAUACAUUAGGAAUUUGCGGAACCAUGCAGUAGUCAAAGGGAAAUUAGUCCAGAGCAAUGGCAACUAAGACUUCCACCCAAUAGAGCGUCAAAUAGACUUGAACUAGUUCUAUCUACACCUCCAGUGUCCAGGCUAACCUUGGGCUUGUCUUGACCGAAAAGCUCCCAAGAGUUUGUGGCAUAGAGGAGAUGUGUGAACAGCCUGUUGUCUCUGUGCCUGUUUGGUGCCCUUUCAGUAUAUUUCAAAACCGUAAUAAUCAUGUUAAAGUGAAGGCCUUUAUUUGUUCAGUCCCUGUGUGACGUAGAUUACGGAAAAUAUCACAAUGUCGUGCAUUAUUUUUGUUUUUGUAUGUUUGCUUACAUUAUGACCUUAAUGUUGAAUGAAACCGCAUGCCUCACUACGGUGUCAAAUCUCUCCUGUUGCCUCUGUCCAUCACAUGACUCAGCGUUAACUCUUCACACAAAGCAAAGACAAGAGGUGCAAUACUUUUCUGAGGGUUGGUUUACACACACACACACACACAAAGUUCCAGUGUAAGAAUACUUGAGAUGGGUCCGACGCGCGGACCAGAAGCCUGAAAGCAAUAAGUGUUGAUUUGUGACGGUGACGAGGUCUCCAUCCUCAGAGCUGAAUAAAGUGCAAUAUGAAAUAAUGA